AUGCGGAAGCUCAAGGACUUUUGGCCUAACAAGCCAGCAUUUUCACGCGCCAACUUAAUCAGAUCCCCCGAGCAAGAAACUGCUGAGCCCGCAACCCAAUCAUCACCCCUCACCGACCCCCCUCAUCCUUUGUGUUCGAUAACAUAUCACCAGAAUCUGAAGAAGUUGCCGAAGCUCACACAAGAAACCCAGAACCAAUCAUCUGCCUUACACCAAAGUUUCCAAAGCAUCGAGUCGGCCACUGGAUUGUCAUCUCUGAACACGAGCAUUAACGGAUCUCAGCGCAUCAUCAGAGAUGGCAAAGAAAUCGUCAUCAGCUCGGACGGAGAAGAUACGGACUCGAUCUGCUCAUUGGAAGACCCAGGCAGCCUGUUUGCUCCAAAGUCUAAGAAGACGGAAGCGUCCGCACCGGUCACAUUCGCCCCGAGAAUAUCAUCGCCAAAGAAAUAUCGGCAUAAUAUUGACUCUCUUGUGGACGACGCAGUUGAUGAUAGCAAGGUCGAAGCCAAUGUCGCUCGAGCAAAAUUAAGUUAUGCACAAGAACCGACUGGCGACGAGCCUGGGCACAGCCCAUUGGGCGACGGAUAUACCCCGAAUGAAAGCAUGUUGAUCUCAGCGCUUGACGGGGAUGAAGAUGGCGUCGGAGGUCAACGUUUGAUCGGCGCUAUUAGGAGAACUAAUGCUCUUGAUAGCGGUCGGGCCUGGCGAUUUUUCGAUUGCACACGAACACUGCCGCCAGCACCUGAGUUUCCACGGGAUUUGUUUACGCCUGGGACGAGUUUGGGGAUAUUAAGGAACACGGACGCUCGUGAGCGCCAGUUUAUGUCCGGUGAAAUCAUUCAGAUGGCUUUGGCCAAAAAUGUUUUGCCAGACGAGGUUCUGUUAUGGGCGUUUCGUUCCAUUCCCUAUGAACGUCGGGAGGAAUUGAGCAACGCUUAUUACCGGAUGAUCAAGGGUAUGGAUAUGGAACGUUUAAGGUUACUCAUCCGUCCGAACGAUAUCGACGACUUGUUUUCCCGACUGGGAGCUCGAACCCACGCUUUGGAUCUCUCCAAGGAUAUCACCCCAGUCCCUGCCCAAUUCACUACUGCAGGUUCUGGGCUUAAAGAUCAUGUCACAUUUCUGUCGGUCUUGAGGUUACUUAGAGAAACGGCUGGAUUAUUCUCAGAAGACACCCAAGAACGAGUGAUGCUCUUGCUUCUACGUCUCACCCUUGAUAACUCAUUAACAGCAGAUUACAUGCUAUCUUCGGAACUUCAAUGGACCAUUAACGCUGUGUUGGAUCCUGAGAAUUUCAUUGGAAUCAAUGCCGAAAAUUUGUUGCAUCGAGUAUGUUCCACUUGCUACAAUACAAUACAUGAUGUCUGUAUCCAGAGUCAAAUUGUACACCAUAUAUUACCGACGUCCCCUUGGUUUGCGUUGUUAAGAUGUCGCCUGGCCGUCGCAUUCUUACUUCGGAGCCCCGAACCUCUCACCGAGCCUCCUGAAAAACUGCUUGAUCUCAAACGUAUCACGGUUUUACUUCUUCGCGAUGAGCGUUUUGAUGUCAAACGGUUCCAGGGCACAGCUGAUUACGACUGGAGAGAAUUGAGUGCUUUGACUGCUCUUCUUAACAUUGCGGUCGAUUCUUCUGUGUUCGAGUUAAAUUACCGAAUUGCGCAAACCGAACAAGAUUAUAACGCUGCCAUCGACAGAUUAGCAGCUCAGAUCAAGAUGGUUUUCUGCUCAAUACAAGACUCGGGUGCCUCCCAUGUGACACGGACAGUGGCAAAAAGCGAACUCGAGUCUUUGCAUUACAGAAUCGUCUAUUCUGUUCGAUCGAAGCCGCCGCCAAAAACGACCAUCUUCGAGUCGCACGCAAAGGAUAGGGAUAUUCGGGGCUUUUUUGGCAAGCAUGCCCUCAUUGCUGCUGAGGAUCAUAUUCCCAUCCGUGCGCAUGAUGAAGGCUGA